UCUUAUUUUUUCAUAUUUGUCCCUAUUAAGUGUUAUAUGAUUAAAUUCCAAUGCCUAUUUAAUUAGGGGUAGUUUAGUCCAAUUACCUAUUUUUGUCUAGCAGUUAGUAUGUUCUUAAGAGGUGUGCAAAUGGUUAAGUGGACUCUUUUUUUUAUUCGGAGGGAGUACUAAACAGUAGAAAAAUUAUUUUUCUAAGAGGAUGCAAUUGUAGGAAGCUCUAUUAGCGAAUGCAAUUUCCCGCCUAUUAAGAUGGAUCAUGCCCUGCUGCUUGGCUCAAUCUAAUAAAAUAGAUAAUUAGAUGUCUAUUUCUACUUAUCAGCAAGAGUAACUCAGUUAGUUGAGCACGGAAUUUCCAUAACGGAUGUCUUAAGUUCGACACCCGAAAGAUAGUGAUGCAGUUCCCUUGUCAUAAAAAAGAAAGAUGUCUAUUUCUACUUGUUUUAGUUUGAUAUCCCUUUUGUGGUUUAUACUUUUAACAUUCGUUUAAGUUUUUCAAAAUUAUUUUUUCGUUGAUUAUGUUAAGUAUUUGAAAUUUUGUUAAGUUUAUUAACUUAAUCAUGCAGCUAUAAGAAAAAACUUGGUACAUAGAAUAAUGCAUGGUCAUAUAAAACAAAAAAUCUCAAUAGAUAUACAUUUUCAAAGUUAUUUAGAAACUUCAUGAGAAGUUUUGCCCAUGACUUAAGGAAUAUAUCUAUAUACCCUUCCUACCUUCCAAGUCUCAUUUCACAUCCAAAUAGAACUUUUGCAAAGUGUGUGUGUGUAUAUAUAUACACACACCCCCCAUUGUCAGCUUAUAUUUUUCUUAAUCUCCAAAUAUGGUCUUCAAAAAAAUUGGUGAAGCCAUCUCGACAAUUUUCCUCGGAAGAGAGGAGAUGGUUGAUGGUGAACUUCUAGAACUAUGCUAUAACAAGUAUUUUAGAGAGUCGGUGGCUGAUUUUUACCAGGCAAUUUGCCAAACAGUCGAAGAAAUUAAUAGAAGGCAGGGGAGGACGCAGUUCAGGAUUCCAAGCACUACAGUAAUAGAGCGAAUAUACAAAAAGCUUAAAAUUAAUGAAAGAACAGAAUUGACAAAGGAGAAAGUUCAACAAAUUAUACGUGAACUCACUCAUGAAACUGGAAUUACUGGUUUGGGAGUAACAGACACAUUAUUUUAUUUAUUUGGAGUACCAGCCACAGCAUUACUCAUCAAGCAAAGAAUAAAGCCACAAGCAAUUUCUGAUAAUGUUUUUAUUCCUGGUGUUACUUCUGCUACUGUACUUGUUCUUUCUAAAUUCAAUAGGAUCUAAGAAUUAAUUCGUGAAAGUAAUUUAUUUCUUGAAUUGCAAUGAUUAUGUACUUAAGUUUUAUCCAAUAACAGUGUAAAAUACGUUUAGACAUUCCAGUAGCCUAUGCUGUAAUUCCAGGUAAAUCUCUGUGACUAGUUACAUAAAAAAUGGUUAAACUUCUAAAUCCCAACCUUGUUCGCUUAUUUCGUUACAUAAAGGGUCUCCUGAAACGUUAGUUUGGAAUAUAGAGUGAGAACCUGUUAUAAUCAGUUAAAUUAAUGAUGUAAAGAUUCUUUAUACUGGUAUGUAACUUAAUUCGGUUAACAAAUGAUAAUAUGCAUGUCAAAGACCUGCAGCCGUAUAUGUGUAUCGUAUUUGGUAAAUGUUUAAGCUGGUAUUCAUCGAGAGUACUUUUUAGAAAAAUUGAAAAAAUUCUGCUUUUGUUUAAUUAUUGGUACCUACAAACGCUUUGAAGAUUGAUGAAUGUGUUAUUUCUUUCCAUUCUUUAGUUAGAUAUAUUGUAAGUGUAAAAAUGUUUUAUACGAUUAUAUCAUCAUUAAUUAGGCAGUUUCAAGAGAAGUUGAUCUCCAAAUAUGGAAAAACUAGAUAACACUAAACUCUCUCAUCCCUCCAAAUGUCAUAAAGCCUUCAAUUUCUUAGCUGUUUUAACGAUAAUUUUAGCUGAACAAGUCUUACCUUUGAACCAUCCAAAUAACAUAAAAAAUGAAAAGAAAAAAGAAACAACUUGCUUGACCCAAAAUCUGUACAAAAAAAAAAAUGCUCAUACAUACAUAUGAUGCACAACUUAUUCUUAUUCUAAUAAUUUUUUCAAUAAAAUGGUCCAUCCACUAGUUGAUUGUCCUUCCAAUUACACAAUAUUAUUUUCUGAUUAAUUAGACUAUACUAGGCCCCAUUUUGACCAGCACUUCACAUGUUUAAGUCCUUAUUAUCCCACAAAAUAGAUUUUCUAGAUAUCCCAUCAUAUUUUAAACUCCAAAAAAAUAAAAAAGGAAGACAAAAAGGAUUUAAAAAUACAUUUCUUUUGUUUGGGAAAAAUGGUCAAAAUAUAGACAAAGAAUGUGAAUGUACUUGGUUUCUUUUGUUGUCUCCUUCAUUACAUCAGAAAGUAGGAAAAAAAAAAAAAAAAAAGGAAAAGAGAGAGAGCUAACAAAUAGGAGCAAAUAGAGAGAAAGAGAAAAAGAGAGAUUAAUUUUUUUAUCUAAUUUGCAUGUCCAUGCAUGAUCAUGAUCAACAUUACAUUUUGUCAAUGAAAAAACAGAUCAAAUCCAUCAACUUUUUCACUAGUUUCUGAUCAACAUAUACCAAAAAAAAUGUCGAAAUCCAUGUCAAGAUCAAGAAGAAAUUGAAAGGGAGAUUUUAAUUUAUCAUGAAGGCGUGGGAGGCAACAAUAAGGAUAACACAAGCUGCAACAAGGAAACGUGCCAACACGAUUUUCGGUACACAAGUUCCAUCACAAACAGAGGAAGAAAAUGAUCAAGAACAGCGCGAGGACAUUGAAGAUCACGCGAAUGGAGAAAUUUUCCAUGCAGAGAGGUUUCUCCCAAAUGGUGAUUACUAUAGUGGCUAUUGGCUUGACAAUUUCCCUCAUGGACAAGGUAAGUAUUGGUGGACAGACGGGUGUAUGUACGUUGGAGAUUGGUUUCGUGGCAAAACGAUGGGGAAAGGGACGUUUAGUUGGCCCUCAGGUGCAAUGUACGAGGGGAAUUUCAAGUCCGGAUUUAUGGAUGGAGAUGGAACCUACACGGGGCCUAAUGGCGAUACGUAUAGGGGUUGUUGGGUGAUGAAUUUGAAACAUGGACAUGGCGUUAAGGAGUACGCGAACGGGGAUUGUUAUGAUGGGGAAUGGUGUAGGGGAUUACAAGAAGGACAUGGUAGGUAUACAUGGAAGAAUGGGAAUUACUAUGUUGGUGAAUGGAAAAAUGGGACAAUUUUUGGUAAGGGUAAAAUGUAUUGGACUAAUGGAAAUGUUUAUGAAGGGAAUUGGGAAGAUGGAUUUCCUAAAGGAAAUGGAACAUUUAGAUGGACUGAUGGGAGUUUUUAUGUGGGAAAUUGGAGUAAAGAUCCAAAUGAACAAAAUGGUACAUUUUAUCCAUCUGGAUCAUUGUUAGAAGGUGGAAAUCUUGAAUGGGAUCCUCAACAAGUUUUCAACGUCGAUUUGAUAGAAUGUACUAUUUGUCCACCAGAGAAAGUUCCGAUUUUGCCUUCACAGAAAAAACUUGCGUUAUGGAGGUCAUCUAAGGCAGUGGAUAAUAACAUUAGGCCGAGGAGAAUGUCACUGGAUGGGAGAAUAGACGCACCACCUGUCGAUAGGGAAUUUGGUAGAAUUCGUUUAUCGGAUGUUGCUGGAACUUCUGCUAGUACUUCUUAUAAUUCGGAUGAUUCCGUGGUUGGCUUGCAGGAUGCUGAUGGAUAUUUAUUAAGAGGAAGUCCUAUUAGGAUUCCUAAAGUUGUAAAGAGACAAGGCCAAACUAUUUCCAAAGGGCAUAAGAAUUAUGAGCUUAUGCUUAAUUUGCAGUUGGGAAUCAGAGUUUCAGUAGGACGGCCUGGUCCUCCUCCAUCACUAGAUCUCAAACCGUCAGCAUUUGAUCCUCGAGAGAAGUAUUGGACAAGGUUUCCACCGGAAGGAUCCAAGAUCACGCCCCCUCAUCCUUCUUGUGAAUUCAGAUGGAAAGAUUAUUGUCCAAAAGUUUUCAGGGCAUUACGGAUGUUAUUCAAAGUUGAUGCAGCUGAUUAUAUGAUAUCAAUUUGUGGUAAUGAUGCCCUCCGGGAGCUUUGUUCCCCCGGAAAAAGUGGAAGUUUUUUCUACUUGACAAAUGAUGAUCGAUAUAUGAUCAAGACAAUGAAGAAGGCAGAAACAAAAGUGCUAUUAAGGAUGCUUAGCGCGUAUUUCAAUCAUGUUAAAGCUUUUGAAAGCACCCUUGUGACUAAGUACUAUGGCCUGCAUUGUGUGAAGCUAAGUGGACCAGCACAGAAGAAGGUACGGUUCGUUAUCAUGGGAAACCUCUUUUGCACGAAUUACUCAAUUCAUAGACGAUUCGACUUGAAAGGGUCAACAUUUGGAAGAAUGACAGAUAAGCCAGAAUCAGAGAUUGAGGCAACCACAACCCUUAAAGACCUUGAUCUCAACUUCAUCUUCAGGUUACAAAAAACAUGGUUUCAGGAAUUCCGAAGGCAAGUUGAUAGGGAUUGUGAGUUCUUGGAACAAGAGGGAGUUAUGGACUACAGCCUUUUAGUUGGUAUUCAUUUUAGAGAAGCAGAUAGUACUGAAGAUCAGACACCUUCUGGUUCUAGAACACCAAUUGAUAAUGGAGACUCGGAAAAUGAAACAGUUCCUCGUCUUUCUCGAGCUGAUAUGGAUCAAUUGCUUCUUGAUCAGGCAGGGUGGGCUAGCAUAAAAUUAGGAAUAAACAUGCCUGCAAGAGUUGAAAGGACAGAGAGGAAACCUACUGAAGCGGAGAUAAUUCAGCUAAUCGGAGAACCAACAGGAGAGUUGUAUGAUGUGAUACUGUUUUUCAGUGUCAUAGACAUACUUCAAGACUAUGACAUUACAAAAAAGCUCGAGCACGCAUACAAGUCUAUGCAAUGUGAUCCAAACUCGAUAUCAGCAGUCGAUCCAAAGGCAUAUUCAAGGCGUUUUCGCGAUUACAUAUUCAAAGUUUUUAUAGAAGACAAUUAACAUGAAAUUAAUGCCUACAAAUGAGAGGGCUUCAAGCUAGUAUAGGACUGAGUGAUAUCUGUUUACUGUUUUUGGAGAUUAUUUGCAGUUGAAGCUUAGAAGAAGUGAAGAACAUAUAUAUACUCUUCCUUCACUGCAUUUUCUUAUCUUAAAAAUCUCUUAUUUUACUAUAGGUAUACACAAAAUUCAGGAUGAGUUACUAUUGUAUAGAAAAAGUUGUAACAGAAGCAACACAAAUGUGACUUAUAAGUUGCAUUACUUACAUAUAUGAAAAUUGUUGUUUCAAGGUAUUUGCAGGGAAG